UAGUCAGCUAGCGCGAGGCUGUGUAGGCUACUCAGCUGUUAAAGUGAACGACGUGGGAUCGUGUGACUGACUGCGCUCAAACAAACACAGGUAGGCAGACUACAGGGCCUAUUGAAAAUAAUUGUUUGGAAUAUAUUGGCAGCCUAUAAAGAAAUGUAUCUUUGUAUUUUGGCAUAAUGUUUCUCAUUCUUAACAAUGUGUUCAUAUUUUCUAUUCAUAAACAGUUUAAUUAAUUAGUGGCCUAAUUUUAUAUAUAUAUAUAUAUAUAUAUAAAAGCUAAUCUGGUUCUUUGGGUAGGUUAUCUAAACGUAAUUUUUCUAUAUUGAAAAGCGUUUGAAUUUGUUCAUUCAACAUGGUGAUUUUUUUUUUGUUGACUGUUCUUUAUCGAGGAUAUAAGUGCAUUAAAAUGGCUGGCCAUUGAGAGAAUACAAUCAGCCAUCAAAUGUUAUUUAAAGACUGACAAUCUAAUGAAACGACACCAAUUUGUUUUAAUAUCAGAUGCAUUUUCGUUCCCUCGAUGUCGAAAAUAUUAUUUUGUUUCUUUAGCGUUUCCUUCUGGUUUGAGUUUGCUGUGUUUGACUCGGUGCUGCCAACGCUAUACCAGUCAUGGCUGGCUUGUACAGCCUUUGUUACUGACAGCUCCGCUGUGCGCCAGGCAGUGCUUGGAGAACUUUGACAAACUGAUGUAAUGUUCGCAUUUGGAAAUUAAACGUAUAGACCUAUAGAAAUCAAAAUAAGCCUUUUCAGUUGAUCAAACGAUUGAGAUCAGAACGUAUGUAAUGCGUUGACAUUGUUCCCGUGCCAUUUGUAAUCCGUGGCUUUGUUACUAAGCCUUUCCCUAGCAGGGAAGCCGAAGCCAUUUUAAUCAAUGAACUCCUAUAGGAGAUCUACCCUUCAUUCGGCACCAAAUACAGUCCCCAUACAAACGCCUUUAGAAUUGUUAAAAUAUAGUUAAUGGGUCUAUUUGUAAAGGAGAAAAAUACCAAACACGAAAUGUUGUUAAAAUUAAAGGACAGUUUCUGUCAUGAGAAUUUAUUGUACAAAAUGGAAGAUGAAUCAUUCCUGCUGAGGAAUUCUCUUCUAUCCGCAUGUAGGCCUAUAUUGAGUUGCAUCACCAACACACGCACUAAAAAAUAUUUAUUCAAAUCACCUCAUCUCGGGUGUGCGGUUUGGCGGUGGAUGACAUGAGUAGCCUAAAUAUCUCUUCAAUUAACUGGCACAUCAUUUUCCACUUUGAAUUUAAAGUAGAAUUCAAUUUUUUUUUUUAUCCAGGCAGCAUUGCUAACAAAACAUCUUUUUUUAACCUACUUUUUAAACCACUGUAUGGGUCAGAAUGGGCUUACCAACAAAAUACGAUUAAACAAAUAAUUAACUGUACAAUAGCUUGAUGAGAAAAUAUUUCAAGGUGCAUUCCAUGACAUCUUCAUACAUACCACUAUACUUAUAUUAUGGGAAUAGCUGGACAUCUUGUCUUGAAAUACCUAAAUAUAAACUGGCAUAACAUUUGCCCAUCAUAGAAGGAUCAUUGUGAUGGCUCAAUAGUACCUGUGCAUUUGGGGUCCAGACUCCAGAGAGCAUUUCAUUGAGCUUUAAUGUCUGUCUUGUAGGAGCUGGUGGAAGAUAGAUAUUCUGGUGGUGCAAGAGAACAUCCACCACUUUUCAGGAUGGCCAAAGGUGACGCUCGUAAGCCGAAGGGCAAGAUGUCUGCCUAUGCCUACUUCGUUCAAACCUGCCGAGAAGAACACAAAAAUAAGAAUCCAGAGAUCCCAGUGAACUUUUCAGAGUUUUCCAAGAAGUGCUCCGGAAGAUGGAAGGUAGAGGAGCAACAUGAAAAGUUUAAGUAUUUCAGCGUGAAACGAUUUUGUCAUGAUCAUUAUUUUCAACAUAAUGGCACUAGGCUAGCAUGGUGCAGUCCUAUCCAUCCAUACACCAACUUAACAUUUUACUUGCCACUCUUGUUGUUGUUGUUUUUUCAGACAAUGUCUCCAAAGGAGAAGUCAAAGUUUGAGGACCAGGCCAAGCAGGACAAAGCUCGCUAUGAUUCGGAAAUGAUGAGCUAUGGUCCUCCUGGGAAGAGGGGCAAGAAGGCAAAGAAGGAUGCUAAUGCUCCAAAGAGACCUCCGUAUGUCUAUUCCUAAACACUGUCAUCAACUAUAGUAGUUAAAUUAACAUCAUUAUAUCUUGCACUGUUUCACUUGGCUGUCUUCAGAUUGAUUUUAAUUAGUUGUGCUUUUGAAGCAAUUUGUAUUUCAAGUGAAAUUGGUUUAUGCUGCUUAUUGUAGACAGUUCACAACGAUGUAUGAUUCAUUUUCAAGGCCUGCAACAAACAGGAAUGACUACAUCUCUUCUCUUACAGAUCGGGAUUCUUUGUUUUCUGUGCUGAGCAGCGCCCCAAGAUCAAAGCCCAACACCCAAGCUUUGGCAUUGGGGAUGUGGCCAAGAAGCUUGGAGAGAUGUGGAACAACUUGACAGACUCCAAUAAGCAGCCGUAUCUUGUCAAAGCCAACAAACUCAAGGAAAAAUACCAAAAGGUAACGCCAUUGAGGACUCUGUAUUUGUCUCAAAGGAAAUGUACAAUUUGAUUUGUACCACUAAGUGGUCUGACUGUGCUGUCAGACCCUAUAUGCAAGGAAUCACUAGAUAAAUAUUGCAAAACCUGUGGAUUUCGAGGGGUAGGAAAUAACUUGUUUUUAAGACACUUUUGCUUACGGUUUCUAGGAUGUGGCAGAUUACAAAGGAGGAAAAGUGGGUGGGGCAGGAGCCUCUAAAUCAAAGAAGGCUGAAGAUGAUGAUGAUGACGACGAGGAUGAUGAGGAAGAGGACGAAGAUGAUGAUGAUGAUGAUGAUGAAUAAUCAUCUUUGACAAAUAGAAAAUGGUAUUGUGAUUGGUUAAGACACUGGCUGGUGAGCAAACCCAUCUGUAGGGUUCAACUGUCCUAGAACAAAACAUCCAAUUGGUUUUGAAACUAUUUUCUCCCUGUAGUUACUUUCUGUUUGUCAUUUGGGUCUUUAACACCGUGCUGUCAGUGUUCUCUUGAUCUCUUUGUUUUUGUCAGUUGAACAAACAUAUUUAAAGCGAUAGCAUAAGAGUUCACACCCUUUAACUCCUAAAAGAUGUGUAAGGUGCCGUGUGUGUUACCAUAAGGGUGUUGAAAUAGAUUUUAUUUAAUUUUUCUGUUUUACUGGGUUGUGAAUUUCAUGGAAUUGUAAGUUUGCGUUUGAGGGACUUGAACCAGUGUUUCAUAUGUGUAUCUAGAGACACAAUCCAUAGACUUUAGGCAGAUGUCCAGUCCAACAACCAGGUAUUUACCAUUGCCUAUUAUGCCAACCAACUGUGUUUGAAGCAGGGCUGAUCCAUUUCACUGUGUUAUGGCUGAAAGGAAUGAUGAUUAAAUAUAUUUUUGUUGUUGUUGGGGGAAUGACUUUUUUUUUUUUUAGAUGUGAGGAUGUCUCCCUUUUGACCAAUGGUGACACUACAUCUGUUGGACAAGGUUGGUUUCUUUGCACCUGCAAUUUGUUUUGAAUGUUUAGGAUGCCGCUGAUUUAAAAUAAAAAUUUAAAUUUUUAUGUUCUGUGUGGAUCGAAAUUGAUUUCUUCCCUGCAUUGAAAUUACCACAAUUGCGCAAUGUAUUUUUUUUAAAUUGGGCCUUUUUCUUUAGCUGUAAAUGUAUUAAAGUUUAUGCAACAUUGUA